GUAUGAUUGAACACUUUUGGUAGCCCCUAACAUUUGACAGUUGUGUUACACUAAAUCAGUCGAAAGAAACAUGAUACAUAUUUGUAAUAUAGCCUGGAUUAACAGUGAAAAGAACGACGAAUCCACCAGGAUAGUAAUGUUUUCUAUAAUACUACACAGAAACGAAUUUAUCAUUAUAGUUCUAGCUGUUCUGGUCAUUAUGACCUUUAUGGUUUGUUUCUAUAUGGAUGCUUUAAAGAAACAGAAACGUUGUUAUGAAUUUCAUUAUAAUUAUCCUCUAAACGAUGUGAAAUAUAUUGUGAAUCAGAUAAUACAAGACAAAGGUAUGACGUCUAGCAGACCUAUCAAUAAUAUGUACAACCAGUAUACCACAAUAGUCAGUGUGACAUGUCCAGAUGAUAUCGAACUUGUAAUACUAGUUAAGUCUUUUACUGGACAUUUUGAUCAAAGACAAGCGAUUCGCUCCACAUGGGGAAAAUGUCAUGAGGGAAAUGUAAGAGUUGUCUUUCUUCUUGGAUAUUCCGCCGAGUUAACUGAACAUACAAGGAACGAAUAUGCUGAACACAAGGAUAUAGUCCAAGGUUCGUUUACUGAUGAAUACAGGAAUAAUAUAUAUAAAACAUUGAUGGCAUAUGACUGGGUUGUAUCGAAUUGUUCAAAUAGUCAGUUUGUCUUUUUUGUUGACGACGAUUAUUUUGUAACCAUACCAAACUUGAUAAAAUUUUCUCGACAAAAUAUUCAAUCCAGAAGAGAUGUAAUGUUUGGUCAUAAGCAAUGUAAUAGGGAUCCAGUGAGAUCAAAAGCAUCGAAAUAUAGAAAAUGGUACAUAUCAGAGGACGAAUACCAGCCACUUACUCUACCGCCGUUUCUUUCCGGGGGAUCUGUUCUUACUCACUUUAAUGUGGUACAAAAAUUGAGAAUAGCGUUUCCUUAUAUGAAACCGAUAUUUCUAGACGAUGUGUAUGUGUCAUUAGUUGCACAGAAAUUAGGUAUACAUAUAUUACACGAUGAAAGAUUCGUCAACUCUGAUUUAAGGAGCAUGAACUUCAACUUUAUAAUAUCAUGUCACAAUUAUAAUAGCACAGAGUAUUUAUACGAAGCGUGGUUAACAUUCAAAACACCAAAGCUGUUUGAACGCUUAUUUAACAGUGUUAUUGGCAAGCCUCGACGUGACUUAUGUAGUACACGUUAAUGUUGCACUCACGAACGGUUGAAGUUAAAAGCAACCGAUUUCGUCCAGUAUGAAAUGGAUUUAUAUACUGGAAUUCGCUUGUGUGUGCCGUAAACUCGUAACAAGGAGUACAAGUCAGCCGAGAACAAGGUUAAUAAAUUGAUGAACUGGAAUUUGCAUGUAUUUGCGAUGGGCUCUGAACAAAGAGUAGUAGUCAGCCGGGAUAAUGGAUUUCUAAACUGGAAUUCGCUUGUAUUUGCGAUGUGCUCUGAACCAAGUGAAGAAGCCAGCCGGGAUAAUGGAUUUAUAAAUGUUACUUCCAAUGAUAAAUCCCUGUGCGCAUGUGAUAACAUGAUAUCAAAAGAAGUAACAAUAGCCAUGACGUAUCGACCGUACUGUCAGUUAACGGUAUAUAAGAUUUGUCCGAAUGCUGUACUUUAGGCAGCUAUUUCGUUCUAGACGUAAACUGAUUAACGAUUAUUAAACUUCUUAAGUAGUUACGAAGAUGCAAACAUAAACUCUAUAUACACUGUCACUGAUAUGUAGGAACGGAAAAAUCACGAAAGAGACUUCCAACACUUGACAAUAUGAC